GCCCAACUCGGCGUAGCGAUGCGACGACGGCGGAUAUGGGCUGCCAAAGCCACGCCCGUAGUGAUGCGAUGACGGUGUGAUGCGCUGUACUCUCGUCUGUACCGUCGCGGCGGCCGCCCCCUGGACCGCGCCGCAGCCCGGCCGCCCGCCGCACCGCAUCGAUGCGCUCACGGCCAACGGCCUGAUCCGCCGGCGCCUCGCCGAGGUAUUUAAUGGAAGACGGCGGCCGUUCCUCGUGGCGCGGCUGUCGCUCGGAGCCGAACUCUCCGUGGCAGCGGAGUACGCAGACGGACGUCGUGAAGACUUCGCGGCGCGACCACUGCUCGCGAGCCACGCGGGCGUGCACGGUCCUGACGAGGAGGCCUUGGUCUUCGCGGACGAGUACGCCUCGGCCCUCAACGCGUCCGCCGUCGUCGCCGGGUUUGGGGGAGAGGCCGAGGCCCGCGUGGCCAGAACGCUGGCGCCGCGGGCGGCCUUCGUCGAGCACCGCGCCGUGGAGCCGUUCUACUUUGGGGAACACGCGUGGACGGCCGCGCUGCGCGGGCGGCGCGUCUUGAUCGUCCACCCCUUCGCGGCUACCAUAAGAGACCAGUACGCGAAGCAUGCGCGCGGCGACCUGCUCUGGCCCGAGGCCGUGCUCCCGCGCGACCUGGAUUUGGUCGUAGUCAAGGCGCCGUCAUCAUUAGGAAGGGACGCGAACGGCACGUGGUCGCAAGCGCUGCUUGAUACUAAAGCCGCGAUCGACGGCGCCUUUCCAGUUGAUGCCGCGUUGCUGGGCUGCGGCGCGUACGGCCUGCCCCUCGCCGCGCACGUCGUGAGUAGGGGAGCAUCCGCGAUCUACGUCGGCGGCGGCCUGCAGCUCCUCUUCGGAAUUAUGGGAAAGCGCUGGGCCGACCGCGCCGAAAUUAUGAAGGUGGCGCGGGAGUCGUGGGUCUGGCCGUCGCCCGCGGAGACGCCGCCGCGCGCGGAGGUCGUCGAGGGCGGGGCGUACUGGGGCUUUUGACUUCUUUGUGGUGCGUUUGCUCGACGGCGUGUUGGUGGAGCUUGCCUCGAUACGACUCUAUUAUGACCUAAGUUAUUUGUUCUGUCA